AUGGCCGAGAUAGAACACCUCCCUGUUGUCUCCGGGGAUGCCCCCCAUACAGAGCUUUCGAGCGAGGCCAUCCCCUCGAGUCUUGUUGAUGCCUCUGACCCGGGCGUCGAGGAGACCCCGCUCCCAAAACUACAGCUCUUCAUCCUGCUAUACCUCCAACUCGCCGAACCCAUCACCUCCACAGUCAUCUAUCCAUUCGUCAACCAGCUCGUGCGCGAGACCGGUAUCACCGGGGGCGACGAGCGCAAAACGGGCUAUUUCGCCGGACUCAUAGAAUCGUGCUUCUACGCGGUAGAGGCGAUAUGCGUGCUGCAAUGGGGACGCCUCUCCGACCGCAUCGGGCGCAAACCCGUCCUCCUCGGGGGCGCGCUCGGCCUCACGGUCUCCAUGCUCGGAUUUGGGGUGUCGCGGCAAUACUGGGCGAUCGUGCUCAGCCGCUGCGCGGAGGGCGCGCUGAACGGGAACAUCGGCGUCACGAAGAGCAUGAUGGCAGAGAUCACGGACCACACGAACCGCGCGCGGGGGUUCGCGUUCUUGCCCAUGAUAUGGUCGGUUGGCGGGACGCUUGGACCUGUUAUUGGAGGCGUGUUUGCGCGCCCUGCGGACCGCUGGCCUGGAUUUCGGGACUCGGCGUUCUGGAGGAGUUACCCGUACUUCCUGCCUUGCAUCAUCGUGGCCUGUAUAUCUGUCAGCGCGUUUGUCCUUGCGUCAAUUGGGCUCAAAGAGGUGAGCGAUGAAGUCUGCUCGGCGAAGGGUGCGACUAACGGCAUGCAGACGCUACCUAGACACCCUCACCUCCAAAGCAAGGAUCCAGAACCGGCACCAAUAGAUUUAGAGAAGACGUCUCCUACCGAGCAAGACAAAGUAAGCACGUGCGACGAAGGCCCUGUGGGACUUCCUUCCAUCAUGGUUCCUCGAGUUCUGUAUCCCAUACUCAACUAUGGCUUCCUGGCCCUCAUCGACCAAUCCGUCACCGUGCUCGUUCCCCUCAUGUAUUCCACCAGCAUCGACAUCGGGGGCCUCGGCUUCGACCCAUUCACCAUCGGUAUCAUCCAAGGCGUCGGCGGGUUUGUCGGCGGGAUCAUCCAGAUCUUCACAUUCCCGUACAUGCACCGCAAGCUUGGCUCAAAGAAGCUGUACAUCUGCUCCUACUCGAUGUACUUCGUCAUCUUCGCGCUGUUCCCGCUGAACAGCUUCGUGACGAAGCGCGCAGGCGAGGCGGCUGCGGCAACCUGGGCGCUGGUCGUUGUCCAGUACGUCGUCUAUGUCGCGUCCUAUAUGACCUGGGGCUGCAUCUUCAUCUACAUUAGCGAUGCAGCCCCGAACAAAAAGGCCCUCGGGCUGACCAAUGGCCUCGCACAGACCACGGCGUCCACUGUCCGCGCCAUCGCGCCAUCUCUCGCUUCGUCCCUCUUCGCGGUGACCCUGCAGCAUCGUCUGGCGGCGGGCACGCUCGUCUACUGGGUGCUGUGCGGUAUUACGCUCGCGGGCCUCGUUGCGACGCGGUGGCUUCCCGCCACGUUACGUAUGGAAGGUGCGAAGUAG